ACCGCGCGGUAGCAUAUAUGAUAAGGUUGACUCUACAAUGUAGUCCCUCUCUCUAGAUGGCAACGGACUUCGUUCAGAACUUGUAGACAGUGCCAUGAGUCUUGGGUAAUUACAUAAUCAAAAUUCAACAUAACGGAUGUGACGAUCAACUCGAUUAGGCAUCUAUUAACAAGAAGUUCUUUCAUUUUAACGUUUUCAUCGCAUUAUAAUUAUUGACGUUCGUUAUUUCGAUUAUCAUUUCAUUCGUGAUAAUGCUUUCGUUACGAUAAGUUCGCGAAUAAAUUGUAUAGUAUUCGUCCGAGUUAUUUGUGAAAUUAUACAUAUUUUUUAAAUUAAACUUAGAAGCGUGCGCAUAAAUCGACCAUGUUAACUUACUUAUCCAGUGAAUAAUUCAAAAAUACUCGGUAAUUCGACUAGAUAUUUGAAUAUUCGCAAAGACAGUACCUAUGUAGUUUCGAAUACAAUUUUGAUAUAUAAUAUAUUUUUUUUUAUCAACGGCGCGGCGUGUUGCGAUGCCUUCGUUCUUGUAUGUACCUAACUAUUUUUCUACGCACUUGUAUAAUGACGCGGUACCUUACCUAUGCGUUCGAGUUAUAGAUUGAAGUAUUUGUAAAUUCAAGACUAUUCGAGUAAAUUUCCACGGAUCAAGUUUGAAAAUAGAGUGACAACUUUCGAACACGGUGUGAUGGAUUCCAAGAAGCCGUCGACGUCAUCGGCAUCGAAAAAAAGAGGUCCCUCAGCAGCACCUUCCAGUGAUGAAGCUGAAGAAGCAAAACGAAGAAAAAAAGAAUCUAAACCAGAACCACAUGAGAGGGGGGGAUUGACGAAAUCCUUACACGGAAAUGUUUAUCAACUGAAGCUUUUGAUGCUUUAUCUUAUUGGCGCAGUCACGAAGAAAUUGCAAUUCCGACUGGAAACAGAACUUACUGAAGCAGGAAAGUUGGAUGACUUGUUUUUUGAAUGUGAAAAUAGCGAAACAGGUAUUUUUUUGCAAGCUAAGCAUAAGCAGGAUAGUGAAAGAACAAUUUCUCUAGAUGACUUACUAAAACAAGGUGAUCAGUCAGGGAAUGAAUUCAGUCUGCCAAAAUAUUUCAGUUCGUACAGAAAAAUUGUAAAUGAAGAGAAAUUUAAUAGUUGUAAAUCGAAAAUAUUUGUCAUUUGUACUAAUAUUGAUUUGAAGGCUGAUUUAUCAAAACAUUUUGAGGACGCACAGGGUGAUGAUAUUUUAAAAUCAUUUUCUAAUAAAUGCAAGCGUUUUAAAUUCAAUGACCCCUCUUCAAAAAACAUAAAAAACCAAUUGGUCUCAGCAAUUAAAACGACUUCAGAAUUCCACCAAUUGGCAACAAAUCUUGCUCGAUGCGUGCUUGAGAAAACAGAUUUAGAUUCAAAAGAUAAAUUAUUUGAACUGUAUCAUGUUGGUUUAGGGAUGAAUGUGAUUGAGCGAGACGUUAAGGAUGGAAAAGCAAAAUUUCGUCUCAAGUUUAUAAAAAAUACACUAAAAUCGAAUACGAGUAUAGCAAAUUUUAGAAAAGCUUUUUACAAUAAUUAUUUGGAGUUGAAUAGAGAUAAGGAUUCAAUCAAUGAGGCUGGGUUUUGGAAAAAGAUGAAGAAAGAAAAGUUAACGUUAUCGACAGAUUUUGGAAUAGAUUCUACGUUAGAUCUCAAUCCUGAAUUGAAACGCUCAAAAGAAUUGGCCAACGCCAUUGUAACGAGAAUUCAAGAUGCUGAAAACAAUGUUGUUAAAAUUCAUAAGCGCACCGAUGUCAUUAAAAAUAACAUAAGUAAAUUAGCAGGGUAUGUGUUUGUGAAGAAAGGUCACGAUGAAAAAAAAUACCAUAUUAACUCUGUAUUUCUUGACCUAAGUUACACGGAAUUACCUAAAGAAAUAAGCAUGUUCAGAUUUUCUUUGAUUGAAAAACUUAAAGAAAAUAAUAAAAACCUUGAUUAUUUGAAUAACUAUGAAUUUGAAAUACCAAGCUACAAUAAUAAAUCGUAUGAAGACUAUUUUUUACCAGAUGACUAUUUUGGAGAAGAUGAAAUUGAGGAUUUUUUCAGUAAUUUAACCAUUGUGGUAACCCUCCAUGAGACGGAUUUGAACGAAAAAAUUGGAAAUGAUUUGAAGAAAGAGUUCAAAUUGACUAAUACAAAAUUUCAGGAGAGUGCUUUUCUGGAUUAUAUGCUGAAUUGGAUGAAAAAAAAUGAGAGCCAAUGGCUAACACAUGAAAAAGCUAAAGAAUUAAUUGAUAACAUGGCGAAAGAUACUUCUCAAUUGUUAGUGAUUGGUGCUACUCUAGAAUACUGCCGCAGGAUAGACGAUUUUGGAGUGAAGUUUAAGGAAAAUACCGAACAAGUGGAAAACGUUUUAAGCUCAAAUGAUAGGCACAUUUUCAAUCUAAUUAGCCCUGUAGAUACCUUGUCUGGCUCAUCUGAAGUGUAUAGAGCUUUGCAAAGCAUACCUGUGUACCAACUGGACGGCAGUUACAUUUUCACACGUCUGUCCUCCCUUUCACAUAAACGAGAAACACAAAAAAAUUUAAGGGAAGCAUUCACGUUAGAAACAAGUCUGUUGAUAAUAGAAUGUACGAGUAAAAAUGAAAAUAAUAACAUUGAGGAAUUAUACAAAAACUCUUUAUCAACAAUUCAGCAGUUACAUCAUACAUUAAUAAACGGCGACAAUAAAAAAAUCAUAUUCAUUACCUUGGAAGGUGAGCCAUUGCCAGAGGAAUUCAAAACGCCCUUCUCAGAAAAUAAUGCUAACAUGGAAGAUGGAAACUGCAAUGAAGAGGUCCAUAAAAAUGAAAAUGAUGGGAAAAAAUACAAUUUAUACUCGGAGGAAAAAAGUAUGAACAACAGUUUAGCUCAUCUCACAGAGAAUUUUCAAGAGGAACUUCUGAAUAAAAAAAUUACGUUUCAAGGGCAAGAAGUUGAAUUAAAUACGGUAUUAAUUGAUGAAGUUUCAAAAACACUAUUCAAGGCAGAAGUAUUACACAAGUUGAUUAAUAACAAGAAAAUAGAAAUAGGAAAAGCGCCUACCGAUUUUAAGUAUGAUGAUGCUAAGGAUUAUUUCAUCGAUCGUACAUUCAUUCACCACACAAACUCAGAAGAAAGUUUCGAGGAAUUGUGCACCAAAUACAAACAAUGCAAUAUUCAUUGGCUUGAAGAUGAUGGAAUAAAUUUCAAAUCGUUACAAUCUCGUGGCAAUCUGAAUGUUUCACAAAAACACAAUAAACGCAUGGACAAAAAAAUAAAGAUGAUAAAAAUUCAACCAACUAAAAUAACUGGUAUACCUGAUAGAAUUGUGCUGAUUUCUGCUGAAGCUGGCAUGGGUAAAUCAGUUAUACUGUCUCAUCUAUCAGUGAUGUCUAUCACAUCACCUCUUUGGAUUAUAAGGAAGAACUUGUCGACUUAUUCAACUACAUUUAAUAAAUGGAAAGAAGACACAACAUUCACUAUGAGCUUAGAAACAGCUUUGAAGUUCCUUUAUGGCAUUACUGACUUUCAGCUGUUUGAAAAUUAUACAGGGACAGAAGAUCAAAAAAUGAAACAAAAAAUAAUCGCUCAAUAAGUUUUAAAAGUGUCUCAGAAUGGUGACCUGUAUCUGAAAAGCACCAUUAAUGGAGAAAAGUUGAAUAAAAAAGAGCUGUCGUUUUUGGAAAUAGAUUUGUUUACUCAUUUUUAUAACCAAGGAAAAGUAGCCUUAUUAUUUGACGGAUUUGAUGAGAUCUGUCCACAUUAUAAGAAUCAGGUUAUAAAUUUACUACAGGUCUUGAAAGAUAGUAGAUUAACAAAUAUAUGGAUGACAACUCGUCCAUAUAAUAUUCACAAUGAACUCGAAAAUAAAUUUCAGAUAUCCUCUUACUCAUUAAUGCCAUUUGAAAAAGACGAAAUGAAGCAAUUAUUAAAGAAAGUUUGGGGAAAAAAAUUGGAAAAUGAAAAUUUGAAUGAAAAUUUGGAUGAAAAUUUGGAUGAAAAUUUGGACGAAAAAAAGACAAAUAUUCUUAUAGAUGAGUUACUGUCCAAGGUUUCUAAAUACACAAAUAAUUUAAUAAAAAUGAAGGUAUUUACAACGCCAUUGUUAAUAUACAUGAUCGCCGAGUAUUUUAUGGACGAUUCCAAGACCCCGAGUGAUUCAAACUGCAUGCGUGAAAAAUUUGAUCAUGAUUUUGAUUUACUAGCCCUAUAUGAAAGUUUUAUUGAGAAAAAAUUUUAUGAGGAGGUGAAAAAAGAAGAUCCCAAAUUAUCAACUAAGGAUAUGUCAAAUGUCAAGCUUAAGAAUGAAAGUCUGUUUAUAAUAUCACAGGAAAUCCAUGAGAAAUUAGCUGUUCUAACAUUGUUUGGAAGAAACAAGAAACUACUGAAAACAUUAUUCACUCCACAAGAAUUGAAAAACAUGAAAGUUUUGAAAAAUAAUGUAAAAGAAGGAAAAGUAAAGGGUGGUCUUGUUAAUGGCAUUGUCAAUGGUAGUCCUGAGUUCAUUCACCUUACCUUUGCUGAAUAUUUUACUGCUAAUUGCAUUUGGAAAAAAAUUAAAUCGUUUGAUCGUGAUGACUUUGAAAAUUUUGAAACACUGAUUAUCGAUUUAUUAAAUGAGCGUUUCUCUAUGGUUUCUGCCUUUCUGAAUUUAUUAGCCAAAAAAAAUCCUAAUGGAGAAAAAAUUUGUCAUAAGAAAUAUAAAUUGAGUUACAUAAUCACAACAAUUUUCCAUUAUGAGAACGAGUUUUCUGGUUCAGUGAAAAAUCUAUGUGGUGUAAUCGAAUAUUCUUUAACAACUUAUGAAGCAUGUAACCAAAGAAUUCUGAAAAAUGCCACAGAUCAAAACAAACAGUAUAAAUUUUUGCACCUAUGUGCUGAAAUGGGGUACACUAAAUGUGCUAUUGCUUUGGCACAAAUAAAUACCAUGGGUACAAAAUACUUGAAAAACGAACUCGAAUCCAAUACAUGGGAAGCCACUCCAAUAAAGACAGCAUAUGAGGGAGGUCACUUGGAUACUAUAAAAAUACUCAUUGAGAAGUUUUCAUAUGAUUUUAGUUGGAAGGGGCGAAGGGGUGAUUUUUUGGAUGACAUUAUGGUGUCUUUUCCACAUUCAAAACACGUUCUAAUGAACUUGUUAAAAUCAAUAGCGCUACAUGGUCAUCUUUAUAAUAAUCAUGAUUUUAAAGAACGAUGCAUGGUAAAGGUUGAACAGACUUUCGGUAGUCACGGAGUUGGCGAUAAAUUCGAAGAUAGUAAUCCUUAUUUUCCACACUUGAAAAGUGUUUGUCUUGAGUUCUCUAAAGGACAUAAUGAAGCUAGGCCUAUUAGAGGCAAUGUAGAUUUAAUACGCGCAUAUGAAGAUGCUUUUUCCCCAUUUGGACACAGGUUCAUUGCGAUAGCUGCUCUUGAAGUAUUUGGAAAAUGGUUUAGUUCAAAGGAAUUGAGAGACGAUAUUUUUGAAAAUUAUUAUUACGUAUAUCCAACUACAUUGGGUAACUUGAGUGAAACUGAUGGUCCAACGAAGCUACAACGCAAAUGCAUCGCAACUGGUCUUUUUAAAUUCGAAGAAAGAUCUUUAAAAUUCAAAAACUGUGCUAUUGCUGAAUAUAUAACUGCUAACUGGUUUUUGCCAAUAUUUUUAUCAAAUGUAGAAAAUUUUAAAAACAUGAAAAUUUUCUGCAACGUGAUAGCAAAAUUACUGGAAGAGCCUGAUUUAUCACAAUUUUCUCAAUUCUUGUUUUUGCUAGCCGUACAAGGAAGUUAUUACCAAAAUACUGAAAUGUUAUAUUCAUCCACGAAAAGAAAAAAGAGUAAUGAUGAAGCUCUUGAAAAGUUACAAUCAUCUACACAUCUCCUACUUCGGGAAUUUGCUAUUAAUCCAACUAAUCCACUAGGAAAAGAAUUCAGUAGAAAUCCUCUAGCACCACACAAACUAUUACUUGGGAUUUUUGAAUCUUUUCAUAAGUUUUUACCUGAAACCAUAAGUUCGGGAAUAAAUACCAGAGAGGAAGGGACUAUGGACUAUGUGAAUGCAGAUAAACUAUAUAAUAUGUUACUCAUAUGUGCUGAAAUGGGGUACACUAAAUUUACUUAUGCUUUAUCACUGGCAAAUAAACUUGAUGCACAAUUUUUGCAAGACAAACUUGAAACGUGGUAUGACAGUCCAAUAUGGUUAGCAGCAGAACACGGUUCCAUAAACACUAUGCGAGUUCUCAUAGAAAAAUUUUCAUAUAAAAUGACUUGGAAAGACAAAAAUGAAAACCGCACACUAAUCCAAGCGAUCUGUAUCAAGUUACCCUCAGCGUUCCAUAUUCUUGAAUCAUGUUUAAAAUCAGGCGUACUAGAUUGUAACCCUUGUAUUUUCACUUCCCAAAUCAGACUUGAGACUUGAACAUUUCACGACAACUACGGCAAGUGUCUUUUCAAAUGUUAUUAAAUGGUUACUAGAUUAUAAAACGAAUUUUGAUGCUCUAAAGAUAUAUCUAGAUUUGAGUCCGUUGCAAUAUGUUUAUCCCAAGAUCUUGAAAUGUCUUCCAGAUACUGAACAACUGACUCCUUUAAUUUCACAAAAAAAUACCGAUUUCUCUGACUACUAUGAAGGAAUAAAUUUUCUUAUUUUGUCCUUCAUUGAAUUAACAUUGAAAUAUUCUGCGUACAAAUUGGAAGGCAAUUUCACUCAAUUACAAUUGAAAUAUUUGGCGAGCAAAGACCUUUAUCGCAUCCCAAAAGUUGGGAAUUUAUUUAGCAAAAUUCAGUUUUUAUUGAGAUGUGGAGUAGGAUAUAAUUAUAAAUUUAGAAAAACCAUCACCGAUAUAUUUUCCUCAGAAUGGUUUAGAUUCCAUCAAGAUUCUCAAUCUAGAAUACCAUUUGUUGAGCAAAUACAUGAAUUAACAACAUUACAAUAUGUGAAACAAAUAUGCGAUAUCUUUGAGCUUCUCAACAAAGUACUGGAAUUACUCCGAGAAGAAAAUAACGAAAUAAGCACACCUAAAGAAUACACAAUACUUCAAUUGAUUAUUAAUGACAUUAUUUUGUCUACUGAUCCCACAUUCAAAGGUUAUGAAAUUACUGAAAAAUCAAACGAGAUUACUUCAACGCCCAUUCAUCAACCAGUAAAACAACAUAACUUUAAAGCAAUAUCUCUUUAUUGUACACAGCACUACGCCAGAGCAGAUUGUACAAAUGAGAACUUGGAUGAAAUAUCAGUGUUUGUAGAAGAAAUGAAAAAACUGCAAAAAGAUAGGCUUGUACAUACAACAGAUGAUAUAUUAAAAGCAUUGAAAACAAAUGUGUAUGAACAAGAGUUGAAAUCACGUAUUAAGGAAUGUGGAAGUAUUCAAUUUCUUCCAUAUGAAGCCUGGUCAGAUAUAUCUCAUUUCCUUAAAGAACCACAAGAAGUACUGAAAGACAUAUCAAUUUUUUAUAACGAGUUUCAACAAAUUUUCGAUUUAUUGAAAAAUCUUGAUGAAUCAUAUAACCAUCUCAUUGAUGCUAUCAUCAACAAAAACCAUGAAGCCAUCGAAACUGAAUUGCAAAAAAACUCAAACUUUAAAAAAGCAAUUAUGAAUGGCCAAGAUGAGAAAUAUGGCUCACCAUUACAUUUUGCUGUCUGGAAAAAUGACAGCAAAGCCAUUAAAAUCCUCCUAGAACAUGGAGCGAAUCCGAAUCUUCAAUUGAGUGAAACGUGUGAAUUAUUGUUACUUUGUACAAGAAGAUUAGAAAAUCAGACUAUGAAUUGUGAAUGCACACACAAAACACCACUGGGAAUGGCAUGCUCACUUGGCCAUGCAACGAUUUGCACCCUUUUGUUGGAAAAAGGUGCUACCGCUGCUAUUACCAGCGCCUAUAAAAAUUGCUAAAGAGAUAGUAAAUAUAACUGUUGAAAAAAUGUGAUACGAAGACUAUAAAAAACUUGAAAAAAAUUUCGGCAAUAUUUCUCAUUUAUUUUCCGCCUAAAUACUCGUAUGUUCCCGAUUUCUUCAUGCGCACAAUUGUAGACAAUUUAUAUGUAGUUAUCCCACACAGGCGCCGCUGAGGUAAAAUUUCUGAGGUGGGGGCAACUCUCCAAAAGCUGAGCGUAGAGAGGGGAUCGUUUCGUCACUUUUUUUGAUAGGUCGUCGUCGUCGUAGUCGCGCUCCUUUACAGGAGAUAGCGUAAUACCUAUAAUUAUGUCCAUCUAUAUUAGCCGGUAUCUAGCGUAUCUGAUCGUUUCUUUCAGGGUCUUACAGGGAGAGUUGGCCGGUGAGUUUGUUGUUGGUAAGUGUGGCGUAUACCUAUCAGUGUCAUAUCUAAGAUUUUCUCGAGGGAAAGGCAGAAUACGAUUAUUUUACGCUUAAAAAGGGCGAAAUUGGGACCAAAUUUUCUGAAAAAACUUCACAAUAUUUCUUUAUAAAAAUAAAAAUAAAACUAUGCUUGAGUGAAAAUUUUUCGAAAAAAUUAGUUCAAACGAUGAAAAAAAAACGCUCAUUCUAGUGUGAUGUAUUAAAGAGAUCGUCAGCAAAGAAAGGGGACCGUUUUUUCCCUCUUGGGUAUUCGUUUACCUGAAUUGGAAUUGAAAGCAAUGAUUCAAAAAUAAAGUUAUAAUUACAUGUAUGUAUUUCUUUUUGGUACAAACUUCAAAAAAGUGCAGGAAAAAGUGUAAAAAAUGAGAAAAAAAUGAAUAGGUAAGUAAAAAAAUCCUUGGGAUUUUCAAACAUGAAACAUUAACAAAUUAUUCUUUUUUACAAGGACACAGAUUUUGUCUAGGGGCGGGGGGCUUCCAGUAGUGGCAUCUAUAUGCACUUUUAUCAACAGUCAUAUUAACAAAAAAAUGUCUACUAUUUUUCUGUUACACCCUGUGUUGCCUUUUGAGCAGGAGUGUUGACAAAAUCGAUCAGAAUUUUAUUAAAAUGUUUACCAAAUUUUUUCUGCAUUAGUUCGAUAUGUAUAAAUUCUUGUUUUCAAAUUUGCGUGUUAUGAUGAAUACCUUCGUGGAAAUUGAUCGCUAGUCUAUUUAUAUUAAUUCUGUGUGUUCUUAAUUUAUCUUGUCAUUUCAAACCUAAGGAUCUCAGUUGUGUAGGUUUGAUUUCAGUUCACUGGAAUAAAUUUCGAUUUUAUUUUCAAUUGAAAUUGAAAUUUAUCACUUUCUCACCACAACAGUUUUUCACUUAUUGGGAUAAAACAAAACUUCACAAAGAAGAAUAAAAAAAAACCGCGAAAAUUAUUUUGUUAAAGUUGAGGAAAAGGAAUAAGACAGGGAGCUCAAUUUUAAUAAACAUCAGUUCCAGUAUUGGCACGUCAAUAGGUACGAAACAGAAACUGAUUUCCUAGCAUUCAAAAUGUAUAACUUAUUGAAAAGAAUUUCAUCGAUUAUUCGAAGAACCAAUCAAAAGUAUCAAAAAUUGAGCACACAGGCCUAUCUGUCGACUAUUUUUUCGAUUGUGCCCGACGCCAUCGCAUUGUCUUUCUAAUGUGUUUGUCUCAUUUGCAAGUGAGAGAGCGACAAUUAUCAUAGUUCGAGGUAAAUCAAAACUGAAAAACACUUCAAAUGAUGUGAAUAGCGAUAGAGCAGGAGAUGUACCUACUUGAAUAAGAUUUUACAAAUACAUAGGUACAUAUUUUAUGAAAAUUGUUCAACUCAAUACUUUACUGAACACUUGAAUGUUCAUAUUCCAUUCCUAAGUGUACAUGUUCGUAGAUUAAGUAUAUGAAAUUUUCUUAAAAUUAUUUAUUUUUAGAAUGUACCUACUUGUUAAUUUAUAUUUACUUUAUAGAAAUAAGUUAUACUUUACGCUUUAUCACUCAUGUUUACACUUCUAAAGUGAAUUAUAUGACAUGUUGAUUGAUAGAAUAAAAAAAAGAAAUUGUU